CACACUCUUCGCUCUCUUAUCAAGGAUGAUCUCCAACAAGCUUAUCAUGGCAACUGUGAUCCUGGCAGUGGCAGCAGUGGCUCUGUCAGCGCCGCAAGUGAGGGAUCCCCUGGCCGUUCCUGCCCAGUACGAAUUCGGCUACGAGGUGGCGGACCCCGAAAGCGGCAACGACUUCGGCCACGCGGAAACCCGUAGCGGCGACAGCACAUCGGGACAGUACCGCGUGCUGCUUCCCGACGGCCGCGUUCAGGUCGUCACGUACACGGUGAACGCGGACUCGGGCUUCGUCGCUCAGGUGUCCUAUCAGUGACGGCGGCCGAACGAGGGAGGAAGGAUCGACGUUCUGUCUCUUGUCUGAUGACGGCGCUUGUCAUGCAGGCGAGGCUGUACAUGAUUGUAAUAUGCU